GGAGGGGAGAAAUAGAUGCUCCGUAGUUUCUUAAAUUUCGUAAAGUUGGUGUGUUGCCGAACAGGUCCUUAGUCUCUUGGAUCCAAGCACCCUCUAAGAUUUGACAGGUUACCUAAAAAAAAAAACACCUAUUCCACUCGCCAGCAACAACAAUCUACCGCAAUGGAGCAGAGAGUGGAGGAGCUGUCGGCGGCGCUCAAGGCGAUUCAGGAGCAGAACACGGCGAUCCUGAAGGCGGUGGAGGCAUCCACUACCAUCUUCUCGGAGAUCCAACCGGUGGUGGUAGAUCUGGCGGCAUGGAGGCCGACUCUGGAGCAGUCGAUUGCGGAUCUUCGGCACGAUCUCGAAGGAGUGCGCAAGGAAAUUGACACCGUCGCGCGAAACCUCGUCCUCGCCCUCAAGCCAUCCGACUUCCCACCGAUCCUUCCCAAGCCAAGCAGCGCGCCGUUCCCCUACUCUGGCAGCAGCGCACCAGGGCCAGAUGCCCGCCCCAUCGAUCCAAUUCACCGAGGGGGUGGCUCUUGGGUGAUUACCACCUUAAUCCCUCCUCCAAUCACGGGAAGAAGCUCUGGAAAUAUCCAAACGACAAGAACCAAGGAGAACAGAUGGUGGUUCCGGGAGCCGCUCCCAUCUCCGAGGAGCCAUGCCCCUGCGUGCACCACCCGCGUGACCUCCUCCCAACAACAACACAACAGCUAAGGAGAGGCGUGCAGUGGGAGGAGAUGCAUCAAAAUCAGAACAUUUAGUGGAGGACAUGCUGACUACCCUAAGAGCCUAUCGGCGUGCCAUAGGGCUCUGUUACAUGUGUGGUGAGAAGUGGGGCCAAGAUCACAAGUGUGCUGUAGCUGUGCAACUCCAUGUGGUGCACGAGCUAUUCGACAUUCUCGGAAUGACAGGUUCCGACACCAUUGACACACAAUCAGAAACUGCUAGUGAGUGUCAUAUCAUUUCUCGGGCAGCAGUGCAAGGAUCCGUGGCACCCGAGACAAUCAGAUUGCAAGGGCUAGUGCAGCAACAACAAGUGUUGAUGUUGGUCGAUUCUGUCAGUUCUCACAGUUUUAUCAGCGCAGAUCUAGCAGUGAGGUUGCAGGGAGUUUGUGUCACCUCCAAUGUUCUCAAAGUGAAGAUAGCUGAUGGUGGUCAGCUGCUCUGCAAUCAAGCCAUUGCGAAGUGUAAACGGUCAGUCCAAGAACACAAAUUUUGCACUGAUCUUAAGGUUCUUCCUUUGGGUUGUUAUGACAUGAUCAUUGGAAUGGAUUGGUUGGAGCAAAAUAGUCCCAUGGAUGUGCAUUGGGGACACAAGUCUAUAUCAUUUGCGCACCAUGGCAAGAGGAUCACUCUGAAUGGCAUUCAACCACAAAAUCAAGAGUGUUAUUCAGUGUCUUUAGACCAACUUCAUUUCCUUCUGCCUGUAAUGGAGCGCACCAACUAGUUCAAGUGCAAGCAGUGGAUGAUGUUCAAAAAAAAGGAAGCCAGAAGAAGAUUGCCUAGCCCAUAUUGCUCAGCUGUUGAAAAAGUUUGAGGCCAUUUUCGCUGCACCAACAGGACUGCCUACAGCAAGACCAUUUGAUCAUAAGAUCCCUCUUAUCCCUGGAGCUCAGUCGGACAAUAUAAAACCAUAUCGGUAUAAUUCUUUCGAAAAGGAUGAGAUUGAAAAACAAGUAAAGGAAAUGUUACUGCAAGGCAUAAUUCAACCCAGCUACAGUCCAUAUGCUUCCCCAGUGUUGCUUGUACAGAAGAAAGACCUCACGUGGCGAUUAUGCGUCGAUUACCAUCGGUAGAAUACCAUCACCGUAAAGGACCGUUUCCCAAUGCCGGUUAUUGAGGAGCUUCUGUAUGAAUUGGCUAGAUCCAAAUGGUUCACAAAUUUGGAUGUCAAGGCAGGCUAUCAUCAGAUUCGUAUGGCCCGAGACGAUGUAUCCAAAACUACUUUCAAAACUCACUUGGGACAUUAUGAAUUCAAGGUCAUGACUUAUGGGUUGUCCUAUGCUCCAGGAACAUUUCAAGGAGUCAUGUGUUUCGUGCUUGCGUCGUUGCUACGCCAUGGAGUGUUGGUGUUCAUCGAUGACAUUUUGGUGCAUAAUGAAACUUCGGAGGAGCAUGUACGUCUUCUCAGGCAGGUCUUUGAAUUGCAGGAAAAGCAUCAACUCGAGGUAAAAAUGUCCAAGUGCAAGUUCGCUCAACAAAAAUUCACAUACUUGGGGCACAUGGUGAGUGGAGAUGGGGUAGCCAUAGAUGCAAAGAACAUCGCUGCAGUUCGCGACUGACCUACACCAACCGGAAUCAAACAAGUAUGGGGUUUCCUUGGCUUGGCAGGUUAUUACAGGCGUUUUGUGCUUAACUUUGGAUUGAUUAGCCGACCUCUUACAAACUUGUUGAAAAAUAAUACAAUGUUUGUGUGGAGCACAGAAGCUGAAGAAGCCUUCCAACACCUAAAGAAAGUACUCAUUACUGCGCCAGUGCUAGCUUUUUCUCAGUUUGAGAAGCCCUUCGAAAUUGAAACAGAUGCCUCAGAUUUUAGCAUUGGGGCAGUUCUGAUUCAGGAAGGACGCCCAUUGGCAUUCCUUAGAAAAGCUCUUGGUCCCAAAAACCAUGGACUGUCAACAUAUGAAAAGGAGUGCAUGGCCAUUCUGAUGGCAGCCGACCGAUGGCGCUCGUACAUACAAGAGACAGAGUUUAUUAUUUGUACUGACCAGAGCGCAUUAUCUCAUUUGGGGAUCAGAGGCUUGUCGCACCGUGGCAGAGGAGGGCUUAUACCAAGCUUAUGGAACUGCAAUAUAAGGUGUUGUAUCGCAAGGGCAUUGAAAACAAGGUCGUUGAUGCGUUAUCUCGUAGAGAGCUAGAGAUCUCAGCUGUGUUAGUGGUAUUGCCAAUCUGGUUAGUUGAAGUGGUGAAAGGAUAUCAGUCUGAUGCCCAUGCUCAAGAGUUACUACGACAAUGCAUCCUGAGCAAUGAUCCAAGUUCCAGCUUUAUGGUGCGUGAUGGUGUGAUCCUGUACAAAGGGCGCAUUUGGGUGGGAAACAGCCUUCGAUGCAGCAAAAGAUCUUACAGGCAGUGCAGGCAAGCGCUACCGGGGGGCACACCGGAAUUCAUGCCACAUGCAACCGGCUCUGGCGUCUGUUUGCUUGGCCAGAUAUGGGGAAAGUGGUGGUGAAAUUUGUGUGUGACUGCAACAUAUGCAAAGAAGCUAAAACAGAGCGGGUGCAUGCCCCUGGUUUGCUAGAACUACUGCAUGUUCCCCCUCAUGCAUGGCAUAUGAUUACUCUGGAUUUUGUCGAGGGCCUUCCUCUGUCCCGAGAUUAUUCUUGCAUCAUGGUUGUGGUGGAUAAGCUCACGAGAUAUGCUCAUUUCAUCCCUCUGGCGCAUCCUUUCUCAGCUAUUCAAGUGGUGAAUGCCUUUAUGACAAACAUAUACAAGCUCCAUGGUCUGCCGUAUGCAAUGGUUUCAAACCGAGAUCGAGUUUUCACCAGUACACUGUGGAAGGAGUUAUUCAAGCAAGCAGGCAUGGAACUGCGAACGUCAUCAUCUUACCACCCUCAGACAGAUGGAACAACUGAGCGUGUCAACCAGUGUAUGGUGACGUAUCUUCGUUGUUUUGUGCAUUGUUGCCCACAGCGUUGGUUUCAAUGGAUUCAUCUAGCAGAAUUCUGGUACAAUACUGCUUCUCACUCGGUGUUGUGCUCUUCCCCGUUUGAGGUACUCUACGGCCAACCCCUCUUUAUUUUGGGAUCAAUGAUGCUUCUGCCAUGGCACCACUGGAUCUAUCUACGUGGAAGCAAGAGCGGGAAGUGAUGGCAGUGCUCUUGAAACAACACCUUGAAAGAUAUAGGCAAAGAAUGAAAGAUCAAGCCGAUAAGAAGCGUUCGGAACGGUCUUUUGCAGUGGGAGACUGGGUGUUUGUGAAGCUGCAGCCUUAUGUCCAGGUGUCUGUUGCUGCCCGAGCUAACCAUAAACUUUCCUUCAGAUUCUUUGGUUUGUUUUAGGUUCUGGCUCGGGUCCGCAACGUAUCUUAUCGCCUACAGCUGCCAGAAGGGAGUCGAGUACAUCCAGUUUUCCACGUGUCUCUGCUUCGUGGCGCCUUGCCGCCAAACAUGGAAGUGGUGACAGGCGCUACCUGAACCACCUGGGCCUCACUGCCCACCAGAUUUUCCUAAGCGUGUGCUGGCACAACGAUUUGUGAUGAAGGGUAAAUCCAAGAUUCCUCAAGUUCUGAUCAAGUGGUCGUCUCAACCAGAAGCUUUGGCGUCGUGGGAGGAUUUCUUCGUGCUAUGAAGUCGUUUUCCAAGUUCAACGGCUUGGGGACAAGCCGUGUUAGAAAGGGGGAUGUCACGACCACUACUUCCCAUCCAGGGACACAAGACACCCCAAGACCUACUACCGAGGCGACAAGGCCCAAGAGGAUAAAGAAGCCCAACAUGCUAUUUGAUCCAGCGACGUGGGAGCUAUGAGUGAUGGAUAAGGAGGCAACCGAACAGUGAGUCAGGCACGGAAAUGUAAUAGGCUGAACCUCUCUCUCUCGACCCCUCCUCUCUGUAUUCCUGAUCCCCUUCUUCCCUCAAACCCUAGCCCUGAAUUCCUCUUGUAUUGCCAUGAUUGAGUAGAUUGAGCAAGAGGGACAUAAAAGAGUGCAAUCACAUAUUUUACAAGUUUGUGCACCAAA